AUGGUGAACUUUAGAACCCUUAGAAGAUCAGAUUGGCUGGGCUCUGGCUGGCCAGUCAAAGAAGCCAUGCGCAGUCAACUUUGGAGAAAAAUUUCCUGGGCCGGGAAAGUUGUUUUUUUCUAUUUGUGCGUUCCCUUUUUGGGGCUUCAAGCUGUUGCAGGAAACUUUUUGCCAGAGGUCAAAGAAGCCACGUGCAGUCCACUUUGGAGAACACACUUUCCUGGGCCGGGAAAGUUGAUUUUAUUUUUUCUAUUUGUGCGUUCCCUUUUUGAGGCUUUGAGCUAUUGCAGGAAACUAAUACCCAGAGGGAAUGUUGCUGUUAGGGUAGCAGAGGUCACAGAAGCCACGUGCAGUCAACUUUGGAGAAAAAUCUUUCCUAGCCCGGGAAAGUUAUUUUUUAAUUGUGUUGCUGAAUUGCCGCCCUUGCUCGCUGCAGGUCCUUGA